CAGGCUUCUGUGUGGACUCGUACCAAAGAAACCCAGUGUUGCCGGGAUCGAUUCCGAAGGGACCUGGCUUUGGGGCCAGGAAUUGAAAUGACGGCAUCAGAGAAGUAGACUUAGUGGGAGGUGGCAUGAAUAUGGUUUCUUUCCACUUUGGGGCUCGUGGGAGGCAGCAGCUGUACGUGAAGUACAUGGGACUGGACCACCUUCUAGUGAACGUUCCUAAAACCCGCCGAACUUUCUGUAAGAAGUGUGGCAAGCAUCAACCCCACAAAGUAACACAGUACAAGAAGGGCAAGGAUUCUCUGUAUGCACAGGGAAAGCGGCGUUAUGACAGGAAGCAAAGUGGCUAUGGUGGGCAGACUAAACCGAUUUUCCGAAAAAAGGCUAAAACUACAAAGAAGAUUGUGCUGAGGCUUGAAUGUGUUGAGCCUAACUGCAGAUCUAAGAGAAUGCUGGCUAUUAAGAGAUGCAAGCAUUUUGAAUUGGGAGGAGAUAAGAAGAGAAAGGGUCAAGUGAUCCAGUUCUAAUCUUCAUAUUUUGUUUGAUUAUAUGACAAUAAAAAAAUGGAAGGAGCUCUGUGAUAUGACAAGCAGGAUUACAGGCCACUCCUUGACCCAGGGAAGCAAGACUGAUGGUGUAAGAACGAGGUCCACCAAUCUCCUGCAGGUUUACCACAGCCACCGCCCAGGCUAACUCCGAGAGAGGGCGUUCCCAUACCUCAAAGUUGUCUUCCUGAAAAGCAAGCCAAGAAAAUAGGUGUGAUAGCUUGGUAACUAGCAGUAAGCUGCUUUGUAGCAUUCAGUCUUAUUGUCCGAACUACCAAACACUUCUAGGAAAAAUUAAAGUUAUCUUGUAGCAUGUUUGGGAACUAAAGUAAUGAUUGUAGCAAAAAAGCUUCAUUACUGAUCAUACUGAGAUUAAAAAAUAUAUUCUCAAAAGAUCAGUGCAUAUCUUAAUAUAUAAUAGAUUUAGGCCCAAGACAAACUUGGAAUUUGAAUAUAAAGCCAUCUUAAAUACAUAACCCAAACAAACAUUUGGAUGAAUUUUAUUGUUUUUUUUAAUCCUCACCAGAGGAUAUUUUUCCAUUGAUUUCCAGAGAGCGUGGAAGAGAGUGGGAAAGACAGAAAAAUAUCAAUGUGAGAGAAACACAUCGAUUGGUUGCCUCCUGCACACACCUGACCAGGGCCUGGGCUGGGGAGGUGCCUGCAAUCGGGGUACAUACCCUUGACCUGAAACGAACCCGGGACCCUUUGGUCCACAGGCCAACACUGGGCCAAACUGGGCAGGGCCAUUUGGAUGAAUUUUAAACUAGAAGGCAGGAGAACAUGUUCUUGGCCAAUUCCUAUUUUCUUCCAGAGAACAUUUACUAUACCUUUCUAAGUAGGUACCCCUGCUUGCCCAAGGGGUCCUGGUUGAUGGCAAUUACAUCCUUAUUCUGUAGGAGAGUUUUGGCUUGAAGGCUGAUGUGUCGGAGGUCAUUGGACAUGAAUAAUGGAGCUGCCAUGAUAGCCCAAAGGGCCAUCUGAGUUAUCUGCUGAUCCCAGCUGAGGCCAAAGUUGCCAAUCACUAACUGGGACAAAGAGUGAAAUUAGAAUUCAUAUGAGAAAAGACAAACAUUCUUCAAGUUAUCUAGACACAGAAACCACUUUCCAUGGCACCCUGCUUUGAGUACUCUCACAUAAACGCUGCUCCAAGGAACUUUCCAAUUUACCUUGAAUGUCAAGUAGGAAACAGGCCCACUGCAAGGGUUUGAACACAGCUCAGGUUCUUACCAUAUCUGGGUCAUUCCAACCUCCAGGUCCUGCAGCACUAACAACUGUCCGCUGGUUAGAAGAGGUCCAGUCCAAAAUACUCUUUACACUUUGCCAAGAAUCAUAAAUGUCUCCAAAAUUUCUCCAGUGAUUGCAGUACUGUCGGAUUUCUGUAUAAUUGGGCUAUGAAAACAGAGAUACUGUAACUCUUCUGCUUACUUUCUACUAAUAUUCUUUCGAGAUGAAAAUAGUUAAGUUUAAAGGAAGAACUUGUAGCCUUCUCUUUAGUUUAUAGCUUAAAAGUCUCCAUUGAGGAGAGCUAAAUCCUUAUUAUAAUGGAACUUCAUUGUAAAAUUUUAUUUCAGAAUUAGGCCAUAUAACUUAAAAUUUCUACUUAAAAUGGCAUAAACAAUAUUUAUGCUGGAAAUUUACCAAUGGUAACUAAGUACUGGGAUUAUGGAGGAUGUUUUUUUUAUACCUCACUACUUUGAAACUUCUAAAAUGAACAUGUACUGUAUUACUUUUAAAAUCACAAAUAACUUAAUAAGUAAAAUCAGCUGAAAAAUUACAUAGAACUCAUCAAACAUAAGAAUCUGAACCCUAGGCAUAUACUUUGUUAACAGAACAAAUACAAGUUUGUAAAUAGGCACAUGGGAUAUCCAAGGUUUAAGAUGUUGAGAGAAAGGUAAAGAUUAUUUUAGAGAUUAGAAAGAAAUAACAGCCUGGCCGGGUUGGCUCAGUGGAUACAGCAUCGGCCUGAGGACUGAAGUGUCCCGGGUUCCACUGUGGUUGUGGGCUUGAUCCCUGGCCCUGGUCAGGGCGCAUGCAGGAGGCAACCAAUGGAUGUGUCUCUCUCACAUCAAUGUUUCUCUGUCUCUCCCCUCCCUUCCACUCUCUCUAAAAAUCAAUGGAAAAAUGUCAUUGGGUGAAGAUUAAUAACAAAAAAAAGAGAAAUAACAGGGAUUCAUUCUAUAAUUAUUCAACACUUACCAUAUGCUAGUGAUAAAGUCAGACAAUGUCCCUGCCCUCCUAGAGCUUAUAUUCUAGUGGGGAGACAGACAGUAAGUCAGUUAACAUAUAAUUCUAUAUAGUGCUAAGGUCUUUGAUGAAAACUAAAUAGGUUAAUGUGAUAAAGAAUGAAUGGAUAGAGCACUAUUUUUAAAAUAUAUAUAUAUUUUUUUAUUGAUUUCAGAGAGGGAGAGAUGGAAAGAUCAGUGAGAGAGAAUCACUGAUGAGCUGCCCCCUGCAUCCCCCACACUGGGGAUUAAGCCCAAAACCCAGGCAUAUGCCCUGACUGGGAGUCGAAUCACAACCUCCUGGUUCAUAGGUUGAUGGUCAACCACUGAGCCACACUGGCUGGGUUAGAGCACUAUUUUUUAUAAAUAUAUUUUAAAAGUCCUUGCCUGAGGGUAUGUUUUAAUUUUAGAGAGAGGAAGGGAUGGGGGGUAGAGACGGGGUUGGUGGGGGGAGAAAUUGGUUGCCUCCCGUGGUGCCGGGAUCAAACACUCAACCUGUGUAUGUGCCCUGACUAGGAAUCAAACCUGCAACCUUUUGGUGUAUGGGACGAUGCUCCAACCAACUGAGCCACCUGACCAGGGCAGGAUAGAACACUAUUUUAGAGUAGUUAGAGAAGAUCAGUCUAGUGUGUGGUAUCUGGUCUGAGACCUCAAUGUUAAGAAGGAGCUCAGAAAUCUUGGGGAAGAAAACAAUAAGCAAUAGGUCCCAAGGCAGCAAUAGGCUUGGAGUGUUUGGGGGCCAGAAAGAACACCAGUGCAAUGAGGGCGAGUGAUGGGGAAUGGGGUUGGAGAGAGAGUCCAGGGCCAGAUCAGUGGGGUUUGAUUGUAUUCCAAGUGAAAUGGGAAGCCCGUUAAGCAUUUUAAACGGGAGUGAUGUGAUUCCACUUACACUUUAACAAGGACUCUCUGGUGCUGCUGGAAAAAUUGUUGGGGGUAGGUGGAGAUGGUAGGAUGAGACUGUUAAGUAAGGUGGGACUUUGAAGGAGACCUUUGUUCUCAAGUCCUGAAAAUCUAUCACCAAGGCUCUAUUGAAUUCUGGAGUCACUAGCUCACCUUCUUAAAGGGCCACAUAUAAAGGGGCCACUCACAGGAGUACACAAUGCUUCUGCCAGUCUUGUUCAGGGACAAGGACAUGUGCUUAUAACCUGAAUGAGAGAACAAUGGGUAAAAUAAGGGGACAAAAGGGACUUUCAAUGGGGUCUGCCCUGAAGGGCCACGUUUAUAUUUUUAAACCAGCAGCAGAGACAAGUAGCUGCUCUGUGUUGAAAUUGUGUGUAAUACCUCCCAGACUGCUGGGAUUGUUCUGAGGAUAUAGUGUGGGAUGGUGCAUAUAUUGAGGAAAGGCAGGCAUGAAGAUGCCCCUUUCUCUGUGGCUGUUUGACAUUCUAGAUGCUUUCUCAAAUUAUGUUAUGGAGAGUUAGAAUUACUAUUUGUAAUUAACUCAGAGCCCUCUUCAAUUAAAAGUGCACAGUAUUAGCUGUGGUUAAGUAA